AUGGUGUUGGUGCCCGGUUACGUAGAGUUCUACGUAACCUGCAACCCGCCCCUGCUUCCGGGCGGCGUCAGUUCGGUUGUGCAGGCAACGCAGGCUGCCCACCCCGAAGGCCAGGUCCUGGAAAUUCUCUACGAGCCAGACGUCCCCUGGUUCAAGAUCAUCACCGAGCAGGUUCAUCAACAAAAGGUCACGCACUUUGUUCAGAAACAGCUCCUCGCCAUUGUCGAGCAAGAUGCGGGUUUGGUUGAUCCAGAGCAAAGAAAGCAAGAGGAGCCCUCCCAGGCUGCGUUUGCGGAUGUUGCCAUCCUUGCAAACAGCCCCCGUAUCCUCCCGUGGUCGCGCCUUGAGGGUGAGCUCGACGAGGGCGGUUUGUCUUUCGCAGCACACCAGUUUCCAGCGGACAUAGCCGGUUUGAAGCAUCAGACGUCCUGGCGCGGUCUCGAGGAGCGAGGCUGGGACUUUCCUGCCUUUUUCGACAUACUCGAAACCCACUGGAAGCACGCUGGGGCCCCGGCCUCUAUACUCGGCUUGGAAACACUCACUCGAUGCCAAGUCACCCACAACAUGGCCGGAAGUCUGGCCUAUGUCGGGACCGACUUCGACCAGGCAACGCUUGACAAGGCAAUCUCGACUCUGGACAACCUUGUUUGUGUUGCUGUCGCAGGUGGCCGUGAUGCAAAGCAUUUAAUAGUCACGGAAGGAAAGGGUCCUGUCCGCUUCGCCUUGAACUGGCUAUCCCACAUAGGCCAGGAGCGAACAACAUUCGUUCAUUGUGACACUGCCGACCUUUCGACAGAGUACCAACGCCUCCAGGACGCGGUUCGAGUAAGGGCCAAAUUCAAGGAGCACAACGCAUGGAACCCGGUCAAGACGCCUACCGCAACUCAGUUUCACAUCAAGAAAGGAGCAACGGCGGGCUUCCCUGCAUUUACGAACUACUCUUACCCCAAGAAGCACCCUACGUCGGUUCAUGUACUCCUGAAGAGGAUUCCAGAUGCCACAGAACCGGAGACGGUGGAUCAAGACCACGCUGCAGUCGAGGAUACCGAGCGGCCCUCGACGCAGAGCCACAUAACCUCGCCCGGGAGCACAGCUUUGGCAUCAGACAACGUACCUCAGAACGCGGUUGAGUCUUGGAGAGAUGAAGUUGUUCGACUGCCUCAGGAUCACAUCGAGCAGCCGUGGGGACGGGCAGACUCCCCCGAAAAGCUGAUACAGAUGAACGAAUCCUGUAUCGACGAGAAUCCCAUUACUUGCCAGCCCAGUGGGCUGUUGUUGGAUACGCUUGAGAGCGUCCAGGCUGAGGCGCAGACAAUCGUGAAGAACGAGCCCGAUCACUUCGACGAGGAUCUCAUAUGCCUGGACCCCGAGGAAACGAAGCCUCCUUCUCGAGUCGACGGCGACGAGGACCUGCUUGACUUUCGGGAGCUGCCAAGCACAGACGGCCGAAGCGUUAACUAUCAGCCAGACCCUUUCUCAGCUCUGGGAUUCGCCGGCAAGUCUAAUGGUCCGGGUGAUUUGCACGUGGAUCGGCAUCGGCACGAAUCACGCGAGGGCGGACAGAAUGAGAGUCGCGACGCCCGAGGCAACCGACGCACGCUCAGCUCGGCCCAGGAUCGCCAGGGGACCGCCACAUCGAAGACCACUUUUUCAACGGCUACGUCGGCAUCUUUAUAUGAGCAAUUGUCCGAUAGACCGAGAGUUUCCAUGACCGGCGCAUCGACUGAGGGGCCAAAGAAGGGCGUCGCCUCCAAGUUGUCGAGUCCGGUAUCACGCAAAGGCGCAACGGCGAAGAACGCGACCCAAGAGCUGGCGGAAGCGCAGCUCAAGUCUAUGGCGGCCGUGCUGCAACUGGCCCCAGGACACGUCUCCAUCGACUUGCAUUUCGGACGCGUUUAUCUCAUGGAUGUCAGCCAUUCUCAAGUUGACUUCGGAUCUGGACCGUUUCAUUCUGCGGCUGAGUUGAGUGACAUCUUGCAUGACAUGGACCCCGCGAGCCUCGGCUUUUCAUCUGCUCUGACGACAUUUGGCCCCGACAUGGAACGAGUGGUCCAGGCGAGACCCCCGGGCGAAGCAGCGUGGCGGCAUUUCGGCACCCACGUCUUCUACGAUUUCCACUGUCGUGACGACUCAGACACUGAGUUUGUAGUAGAGGUCGACGCCGAGACGUUUGAAUUUACGUGUCGAGGCGCUACGAAGGAAUUACGCAAGCUUUACCUGCACGGUGCUUCCCGGGCCUGGGACAUGCAGGUUUGUGCCUCCCGGGCGGCCAAUCUGGAUAGCUCCACGAGAUACCGAGCGAUUGGACGCGCAAUCGUGGCGUCCAUCUGCGUGAAGUCUGUAGGGGGAGAAGUUGCAAUCGAGGCGAUGCGAGACGAGCGACUCCGAGCCGUAAUCACGGACAUCAGGGUGCGACACGUUGCCAAAUACCGGCAGGGAGAGCGCGGCAGAAGCGAGCUCUCUAUCAUCAUGAUGAAGAGGAUGAACCUGUCCCAGUGGCGGGACAGGCGAGCGAACUGGGUGGCCGGUUCACCCGGCCAGGACGGCUACCCCGUGACCUCUUAUGAAGCCUCAAUCACGUCCUUGCGCGCCAAGGAACUGCUCAUGGAGAACCAGAACAUGACGAUUGGGCAACGGGCCUCGUGGGACUGCGAUCUGCUCGAGGCAGAGGGCGUCUUUGAGGCCAUCUGUUGGCCGGCGUUGAGCAUGAUUGCGUCGAUGGAUGAGAUUGGGACGCUCAACGACAACGGCCAACGGCUGACGGCCCAGAGGUCAUUCAAUGACACGACGGCCGGGGGCGGUCAGCGACGAGGCAAGACGGUCUUUUGGUGA